AUGCAGAGGCGCCGUCCUCCCGGCGGCGCCGACGCCGACGGCGUCGUCGUGUUCGGCAGGAAGUCGCGCGCGGAGCGCGCCGGUCGCGUCGACGCGAAGAAGAAGAAGAGGGGACGGCGGCGGACGACGGCGACGGCGACGGCGACGGCGCGCGCGGACGAGAUUCUUCGCGCGCGCGGCGUUCGCCCGCGCGUCUCGCGCGACGAGGACGAGCGCGCGUUCUUGGCGCUGCGUUGGGCGGGCGCGAGCGCGACGCGCGCGCGCGCGGCGCUGCGCGCGUUGGGGUUCGAGACGCCGCCGAGGAAGCGGAAGCGACGAUCGCGCGGCGACGCGACGACGCGGCGACGCGACGCGGACGCUCCAUCGUCCGUCGGCGGCGACGAGCGUGAUUAUGACGAUGAUGAUGUCGCGCCGCGCGAGCCGACGCGCGCGGACUCGGACUCGGACGUCGUCUUCCUCGAGGAGGUGCCCGCGGCGGCGACGAAGAGACCGAAGAAGACGUCGAAGAACGCCGCCGACGACGUCGACGUCGCGCGCGACGUCGCGACCGCGCUCGGCGGGCUUCUCGCCAAGUCCGAGCGCGGCUUCGGGAACUGCAUGUUCUGCGCCGUCGCCUCCGGGCUGACGCGGUGGCUCGAGGAGACGCGCGACGACGCGAUUCCUCCCCUCGCGCGCGACCUGGAACUCGCCGACGGCGACGGCGACGGCGAGCGCGAAGUCACGUGGGUGACGACGCGGAGGGCGCUCGUGCGGACGCUGCUGAGGCUCGUGCGAGACGCGCCCGCCGCGGCGACGGCGGGGAACGCGUCGUCUUCGGAGAAGCGAAAAAACGCACAGCUGGCGCGCGAGAUCGCCAUGCGAACGCUCAUGACCGGCGCCGAAGGCCGCGCGUGGCUGCACCAGGGCGCGCUCGCGAAUGCCUCGACGACGACGCGAUGGCGCGAGCACCUCAGAUGCAUGGCGUCCGACGCGAAGCCGCACGCCGGGACGCCGCGGUGGACGAGGUACUGGGGCACGGACGUCGAGCUCGUCGCGCUCGCGUCCGGGUUGCGCGUCGGCGUCGCGUGCGUCGAGUGCGCGGGAAGAGGCGACGGCGGCGCGUACGUCGCGUCGCCGUACGCGUUCGGAGGCGGCGGCGACGGAGGGCCGCUGCGGCUCGGGAAGUAUACCCCGCGCGGGGAGACGACGGACGCCGGCGUCGUCUGGAGCGCGGCGAGAGGGAAGGCGACGCUGCGCGUGCGAUCGGUGAAGGCGUCGUCGAAGGCGGCGAGGGCGGCGGCGCGGCGGACGACGACGCGAUUCCUCCCCGCGAUCGUGGUCGUGCAUCGACCGGGGCACUUCGACAGCUUGCAGCCGCCGCCGGGACGCGUCCUCGUGUUAGAACGCGAGGCCGCGUAG